AUGCAGCGGCCGGGGGAGCCGGGCGCUGGGCGCUUCGGGCCGCCCGAGGGCUGCGUCGACCACAGGCCGCACCGCUACCGCAGCUUCAUGAUCGAGGAGAUCCUCACUGAGCCCCCAGGGCCCAAGGGCGCCGCGCCCGCUGCCGCUGCCGCCGCCGCCGCGGGCGAGCUGCUCAAGUUCGGCGUGCAGGCGCUGCUGGCCGCGCGGCCCUUCCACAGCCACCUGGCCGUGUUGAAGGCCGAGCAGGCGGCGGUGUUUAAAUUCCCGCUGGCGCCUCUCGGCUGUUCCGGGCUGGGCUCCGCGCUGCUGGCCGCCGGGCCUGGGCUGCCCAGCGUGGCGGGCUCGCCGCACCUGCCCCUGGAGCUGCAGCUCCGCGGGAAGCUGGAGGCCCCGGGCAGCGGGGAGCCGGGCACCAAAGCCAAGAAGGGGCGGAGGAGCCGCACGGUGUUCACCGAGCUGCAGUUGAUGGGCCUGGAGAAACGCUUCGAGAAGCAGAAGUACCUCUCCACACCCGACAGAAUAGAUCUCGCCGAGUCCCUGGGCCUGAGUCAGUUGCAGGUGAAGACUUGGUACCAGAAUCGGAGGAUGAAGUGGAAGAAAAUAGUGCUGCAGGGCGGCGGCCUGGAGUCCCCCACCAAGCCCAAGGGGCGGCCCAAGAAGAACUCCAUCCCCACCAGCGAGCAGCUGAGCGAGCAGGAGCGCGCCAAGGAAGCGGAGAAGCCGGAGAAGCCGGCGGAGGCGCCGGGCGAGGCCAGCGACAAGGGCCGCGAGGACUGAGCGUGCGGUGCGGGGACCCUGGCGCCACUGCGGCCCCUGCGCCCGCGAGAAGCCGCCUCCACGCUGUGUGCUUUCCAAACGGCGAUGAUGACCUUGGAUUCGGGCAGCGAGGGGCCCACCAGGAAGGACACAGACCCCGAAGCCAAACCCGGGCCCCAGCGCGCCCCGGGCCUCCCCUGGAGACUCACCGCGGCAGAGUCGCCUCCGCGCAGAGCUCCGCGCGCCGGGCGCUCCACGCGCACUCACGC